UUCACAAGACACCAAAUCAAGAACCCUUCUUACUUAACUCACACUGUCUCACUACUGCCACUGCUCAACUUCUUGUCUCUCUCAAGACAAUGCCUCUUUCCUAACCAAAAACAUCACUCACAUUAUCUAUUUAUCUGUCACUCUUACACCAAACGCUUUUUUUAAUCUCUGGAAUUCAUACCCAAAACCAAAAAAUGCAUACCCGUAAUCUCUUUUUGUUGUUUUUCUUUACAAUCUUCCUCCCAUUCUCAAAACCAGAUCUUGCCGCCGACCGCGCAGCCCUCCUAAAGCUCCGCUCCUCUGUUGGCGGCCGUACACUCUUCUGGAAUAUUACCCAGCAAAGUCCUUGUUCAUGGGCUGGUGUUGCUUGUGAAGGGAACCGUGUCACUGUCUUAAGACUCCCUGGAGUGGCUCUUUCUGGCCAGCUUCCUGAGGGCAUUUUUGCUAACCUUACUCAGCUUCGUACUCUCAGUCUCCGUCUCAAUGCACUUAAUGGUCACUUACCUUCAGAUCUUGGUUCGUGUACCAAUCUCAGGAACCUUUAUUUACAGGGUAAUAUGUUCUCUGGUGAGAUCCCGGAGUUUUUGUUUGGCUUGCAUGAUCUCGUACGUCUUAAUCUUGGUGAAAACAACUUUACUGGUGAGAUCUCGCCUAGUUUUGGGAAUUUUACCAGGUUAAGGACUUUGUUCUUGGAGAACAAUAGGUUAUCUGGGUCUGUUCCUGAUUUGAAGUUGGACAAAUUAGAGCAAUUCAAUGUUUCUAAUAAUUUGUUGAAUGGUUCUAUACCUGAAAGGUUGCAUCUUUUUGACCCUAGUUCCUUUCUGGGUAAUUCAUUAUGUGGGCAGCCUCUUGCUAGUUGCAGUGGAAAUAGUAACGUAGUGGUGCCCAGUACACCUACUGAUGAAGCUGGUAAUGGUGGUAAAAAGAAGAAUUUGUCUGCUGGUGCUAUUGCUGGUAUUGUAAUUGGAUCUAUAGUUGGACUUUUCUUGAUUGUUUUGAUUUUAAUGUUCUUGUGUCGAAAGAAGGGUAGUAAGAAGUCAAGAUCGAUCGACAUUGCGUCGAUUAAGCAACAAGAACUUGCAAUGCCAGGAGAGAAGCCUAUUGGGGAAGUUGAGAAUGGCAGUGGAGGUGGUUAUGGGAAUGGGAAUGGGAAUGGAUAUUCAGUGGCCGCAGCCGCAGCAGCAGCAAUGGUGGGGCAUGGAAAAGGAGGAGCAGCAGGAGGCGAGGUGAAUGGAGGAAAAAAAUUGGUGUUCUUUGGUAAGGCGGCAAGAGUGUUUGAUUUGGAGGAUUUGUUGAGAGCCUCAGCUGAGGUCUUGGGGAAAGGAACAUUUGGAACUGCGUAUAAGGCCGUGUUAGAGAUGGGAACCGUGGUGGCUGUGAAAAGAUUGAAGGAUGUGACUAUUACAGAGAGAGAAUUCAAGGAGAAGAUUGAGACUGUGGGAGCUUUGGAUCAUGAAAGUUUGGUCCCUUUAAGAGCUUACUAUUUUAGCAGAGAUGAGAAGCUUCUUGUUUAUGAUUAUAUGCCCAUGGGAAGCUUGUCUGCACUUUUGCACGGGAACAAGGGAGGUGGUAGGACUCCAUUGAACUGGGAAAUUAGAUCGGGUAUUGCCCUUGGAGCUGCCCGAGGCAUCCAAUACAUACACUCUCAAGGUCCCAAUGUCUCUCAUGGAAACAUUAAGUCAUCCAAUAUUCUUCUCACUCAAUCGUAUGAAGCCCGAGUAUCUGAUUUUGGGCUUGCACACCUUGUUGGUCCUUCCUCCACACCUAACCGAGUUGCUGGCUACCGAGCACCAGAAGUUACUGACCCUCGUAAAGUCUCACAGAAAGCUGAUGUUUACAGUUUUGGGGUAUUGCUAUUGGAGCUGUUGACUGGGAAACCCCCAACCCAUGCCCUAUUGAACGAGGAAGGUGUUGAUCUUCCCAGAUGGGUUCAGUCCAUAGUUCGAGAGGAAUGGACUUCAGAGGUGUUCGAUCUUGAACUCCUCAGAUACCAAAAUGUCGAGGAGGAGAUGGUUCAACUUUUGCAGCUUGGAAUAGAUUGUGCGGCCCAGUACCCUGACAAUCGUCCAUCAAUGUCUGAAGUAACCAACCGGAUUGAGGAACUACGUCGUUCUAGUAUACGGGAAGAUCAAGACCCCGAGCCGGAUGUAGUUGAUUUGGAUGAUAGCUCUUCUCGGUGAGCUAGCACCAUCACACCAGCAUCACAUGAAAUGUAAAAGGAUCUGCCUUCCAUUGUUCAUGCUCGCAAUUAUCUUGUUCUAAUCUUGUCUCUUGUCAUAUGUUUGAUCCAUUAGGAGCCAACUAUCAUUUUUUCUUUUUCAAUAUUUUUCAUUUUAAAUUUUUAUUCUGCAUUGUACUAGUUUUCUUUUUCCUUAUUUUCUUUAAUACUUUGGGGAGGAUAUCUGCUUUAUUUGUUAUUGUUGGGUGGAGGAUGGUGGUUGUAAUUAUUACUUUUCCUUUUGCUUUUGAUGCAACUUUUCAUCUGUUUAGAUUGGCAUGUUGGUUGUAAUGUUUUUUCAGGUGAUACUCA